UCCCUUCAACUCAAACCAGCCUCUGAACUUCUUCCUCAUAUCUCAGCUAGAUCUCCCCUCUUUCUGUGGUUUGAUGUUCCAUCAGCCCAAGCAGAUCUCUUCAUGAAAGCUACAUCUCGCAACCAACCCCAUUUGUCACCCUCUUUUACUCAUGUUUCAUGACAAAAAGCAGCUGGGAUAUUCCUUGUGUGGCACAGAAACUGAAGCAGGGAGACAGAGACGUGCCUUGCUUCUGUUGCUGUUAGAUUCCCCUGCGGCUUCUGUGCCAGGGGAUGCCGAGGAUGAGCCCCAAGCCAUGGACCACAUCACGUACCCAGCCAACACCACGUAACCUGGGGCUCUGCUGCAUCGCGGCGCUGUUCCUCCGACCACAACAGUUGGACCAGUAAAGCCUGAUGGAUUCUGUGUGUCCUGGUGUCCUCACGGCGUUCAGCUCGCAGCAGGAGGAUGCAGACCUGCCUCUGCUCUGCUCCACAGGCGCCCUCUGCCUGAGCGCUGCUGCAGGAACCCAAACGCAGUUCAAACCCGUUUCAAAACGCUACUGCCCUCUUGGAGCUUCCCCCCGAGGCUGCACGUUGGGGUUGUUGAUGGUGAAUUGGUUGUUGAAUCUAAGUCUUCAAUGAAAACUGAUCAUUAAGCGAGGCUGAUACGGGGUGGGCAGGCUUCUCCCAAAGCAGCACAGAUGGAAACAUCUUAUAACUCAAACCCGAACACACACAUAGCCACGGCUUUGUGGGAACACCUCGGGAUACACCAAGUGAAUGGCUGUAGCAUCUCCCAAAGUGGUGGGUUUCCUUCUCAGAGCCAUUCAGCUACAGAACGAACUUUCCAAAGUGGUGAUGUUACCCACGAGCUCACUCUGUUACCCGUGAUCUCCCUUGUUAUUCCAAGAGGCACUGGCAAAGCAACCCUUUUGCUCUGUCUCCUUUUAUCUGCUAAUGUAAAAGUAGAAGCUCAAUCCCUUUCACAUUUGGAGCUUCACACCCAAGACAUGACUCUGAACACACACCAGUUCUGUUCUAAUUUCGUUUAAACUGAACAGCGCUGCUCAGACUCCUGACACCACACAAGUGUUCCCAUCCUGAAUCCCUCCCAGUGGCUAUAAACUCGUGGUGCUGGGGCUUCCUGCCCUUCCUCUGCCUAUUUUUCAUGUCACAAGCCACACUUCCUCAACCCACUUCAUCGUUUCUCAGCACUGGAUCACAACUGCUUUUUGCCUGCAGUUUUCUGUGGGGUUUUCUGUGGGGUCUGUGCUUCAUUUUCCAUCAUAGUGGUGGUGACUGAUGGGGUCGGGGUCCCUGGGGCGCUGUGCGUGGUGUUGCCAGGGAGGUUUGAGGCUGCUGCGUGAUGUUUCUGAACUGCGCAUGCUCUUCAUUUCCCUUGCCUGAGGGAAGGGAAAGGCAGGAAGCAGCAGCUACAUUUUCAAGUUCUGCUGUUGGCUCUUUUCCAGCACGGUCCCAUCACGGCUGCGUGCAGGGACCAUGCUCAGAUGGUGCAGGCUGGUUCACGGGGUCCUGGGCGAGCCACUGCCUGGCGACGAGGAUCUCCGUGUUGCAGCUUGGGUUUGGAUGCAGAGAGCAGAUUGGUGGCUGGGCUGACAGUGGCGAUGCUCUUCCCCCUCUUCAUCACGCAAGCAGCCCAGGCACGACAGAAGCCAUCAUCGGAGGUGGUCGGGGCCGUUCAUGGGGUAGCAUAUCUCAGUCCAAGCCUGCAAAGCACCAUCUCCUACCAUGAAGUCCACUGGCGGCGCAAUGACACCUUGAACCUCGCCAUCCGGGACAGCAGCGGGAAGGUCUGGUACCGCAACAACAGCUACAGGGGACGCCUGGAGCUCUUCCCCAACAACACCCUGAAGAUCAGCCGCCUGCAGAAGAACGACAGCAGCAUGUACCAGCUGUACCUGGAGGAUGAGAUGGGCAAGGGGCUCAUUGAGAACGUCCUCCUGACGGUGUACGAGCUGGUCCCAAAGCCCACUGUGAAGGCCAAAGUGGUCAUGGGUAACCCGGAGCGGUGUGAAGCAACCCUGGAGUGCUCGGUGGGGCUUGAAGGGGUGACCUAUGAGUGGAUCUCCCCCUCCCAGUUCCAGUGGGACCGUGUGAGUGCUUCUGAGCUGCAUGUGUCCCUCAACACCUCGCCAGAUACCUACACCUGCAGGGUCAGCAACCCUGUGUCCUCCAACAACGCCUCGCUGAUCUACAGGCACCCCUGCUCCUGGACAGAUGAGUCCUCCAGUGCCACAUCCUGCACCACCACCAGCGUGCUGGUGGCCCUGGCACUCCAGCUCCUCCUCCUCCUCGCUCUGGCUUGAGGCUGCUCUGCGGUUGACAUCUCUCCUCGUCUCAUCACCCCCCGCUCCUGGAUGAAGGCCCCAGCCGGGCUGGAUGCAGAACGAUGCAAAGGAACCCUCACAACCAGUGUCUGUUACAGCAGCAGCCACCCAGUCUCCUCCACAUGGGCUUCCUGCAGCCCAAGCUCGCGGCGCUCUGCCGCUGCCUUCAGGGCAGCUCCGUGCCUCAGUUUCCCUCCUCACCUUUUCUCCUUUCCUCUACUUAGAGGUCCCGUCCUCCAGCCCUCAGCAGAACAGGGAUGGAGCCUCCUGCAAGGCUGUUCAAGAACCCUGGCACUCUCAUGGUUAACUGCUUGGAAACCCUCUUGUUGGCCCUGAGACCUGCAGGGAAACCCAACCUGAGCCUUUCCUGAGGCUCCCCAUGGAUGUGGGAGCUCCUUGACCAUCACCUGCUGCCAGCGACUGCCUUUACAGGGCUGAUGAGCAGUGUGACAGUGCACGACGUGUUGAACCUGCAACCAGUGACACCAGCAGGGUGCAACUGGGUGUUUCCCAGCGUGCAGGGCAGCAGCACCACAGCAUCUCGAGGGGGCAGAGCUGAGGUGGCCCAUUUGGCUGUCUCUGCAAGGCAGGGCUUGGUGGCACAGGUAUGGUCCCUAAUUCCAGCAAUGUCUGUCCAUGUAUGCAUUGAAUUGGAACCUUAAACACCAGG